CCAAGACGGCAGCUAUUAUAUCACAAUAUAUAAUUAUUCAUUAAUCAUUAUUAUUCAUUGUGUAGUAUGUACCUCAGUCAUCGGAAACAUUUUUAACAUUUUUUUCUUGCGUCGAAUGCUACAAUUUUUUUUCUGCUCCCGCCAACUAUGCCUCGACCCGCCGAACAGUGGACGUCGUAGUAAAACACACACGCAUAACAUCCGAUACUGCGCUGAGUGAGUAGUAUGUACAAUAUUAUGGCGGCUUGUGAUCCGGGCACAACCGAACCCUACGAAAGCUGGGAAGCUCUAGAUGAUCCGUCUGUUCUCAGCACUCAGAUAAAAAAAAUGCAACUGGCGUCUGCUACUAAAAAUGAAAACAAUAGCAAUGUUGUAAUAUUGCCACCUGGCUUACAAUUGUCAUAUAACCAUCAUCAACAAAUGACAAUCCCUCAACAGCCCACUGUUAAAAUACUCAAACGACCACAGAAAGAUAAUGCUGCAAAUGAAAAUGCUGAUAAACCCAAAGUACAAGUUAAAUCUUUGGAACAAAGAAAACAAGAAUAUGCAGAAGCUAGAUUACGAAUAAUGGGUGAAGAACGUGAAGAAGACUUAAAUGCUGAUGAUGAAGGAGCCAGUUCUUCAGGAAGUAUGAAAUUUGAAGUACUUCAAACUCGACAGCCAAUAGUUCGUGUUGCUGUUGAAGACAAUGUUAUUCGACAGCCUCGUGGGCCUGAUAACACCAAAGGUUUUAAUCAUCGAAGCUAACCCUAAGAAUUUAGAAAAUUUAAAGUAAUACAUUUUUUUAAGUGCAGGAUUUUCAUAAUAAAACAAUUAUAAUCUA